GUGAAGUUAUUAAUGGCUGCCUCAUUGUGAAGUCUGAAGGUGACUUUAGUAGUGUCUUGGGGUAUUUUACCAAGAGUUGUUAUGAGGAAAGUAGGGUAGUGGUCUGUGGUAUUCAUUAGAAAGGUUAAUUGAGUUGCAGGACGAACGUUCUGGGUUUCUCCAUGCACAAACUGGAACAGACUUAGUGAUGUGGAGUCUAUUCCAGUUUUAAAUCUCUGAGUCUUCCAGGCAGCGGGACGCAUGCCAGGCUAAGCCUUGGUGGCCCUCACAACCUCUGGAGUCCCAAUGGGACGCAUGCCAGGCUAAGCCUUGGUGGCCCUCACAACCUCUGGAGUCCCAGUGGGACGCAUGCCAGGCUAAGCCUUGGUGGCCCUCACAACCUCUGGAGUCCCAAUGGGACGCAUGCCAGGCUAAGCCUUGGUGGCCCUCACAACCUCUGGAGUCCCAAUGGGACGCAUGCCAGGCUAAGCCGUGGUGGCCCUCACAACCUCUGGAGUCCCAACAACAACACAUGUCAGUGAUGAGAUAUUUUCAAAGCAUCACCAGAAAGCUGCUGGAAGAGCAGGAAUAUCAGGAGAGCUGCGGACAAGAUCAGUGAGCGUGUAGAGAGGAACAUCAAGGCUGCACAGGACACCACGGCUGUGAGCACACCAGAUCUAUAUACUAUUUACAAGGAAAGUGUCCAUUAUAGUUCUUGUAGUUGAAGUUAGUCACUGGAAGUCCACAAACCCAUCAAGGAACAUAUCCUUGAUGCUGGCCAAGAAUUCUUGGUCAUAGCAAUUAAAAUAAUAUUCGGCAGCGUUUGCACCUUCAGUCAAGGCAGGAAACAUUACAAAAAUGAAGACAUUGAUGUCACGAACGAAGAUUAAACGUCUCGAAAAUAAAAAAAGGAAAUUAAGUGCAUACUUGGACUUGGUAGAGAGGAACAAGGAAGAUCAGAUUAAGCUAUCAAGUAAAAAUCAUGAGGAAGAAGCAGCUGGAGGAUCACACCUGGUUAAACACCCACACACUGACGAGGAAUUGGAAAAUUUAAAGCGAAGGAAAAGGGAAAUUGAUAAAGAGAAAAUGAACUGGCCAAAAGUCUUCCUCAGCAGCACCGGAGAACACAGCAACCUGAGCCUGAAUGCAGAUAAACGUGUGCCAUUGCACAUGAGUGAUGUCCAGAGUUUUCUGCUGUACUCACUAAUUCACAAGGAAUCUCCAAGAAUACCCAAAUGGGUCAAAAUGGUUCACACCAGAAAAUUUUCUCACAUCAUUACUACUAUCAUCGAGGGAGUGAGCCUUAGUGACUUUGCAAUGGAAAAUAAAUCAUCAGAGAAAAAGGCUGCUGCAAAAAAUGGAAUGACAGAUGAAUUUAAGAACCUUCCUAAUGAUGACCACUCUCAUGCGAACAAGAGAGAAGACAGGAGUGAUGCAGAGUCAUCAUGCUCAGACGAAGUGUUGGAGGGAAGGGGUAGCCAGCCCAAGUGGCUUGCUGAAGCCCUCCCACGGACUUCUUCCCUAAUGCAUGCUAAACUGGAGUUGAUGGCACCUUCAAGGUACAACCUUGGUCCCUUUGAGGAGCUUCUCAGUCUCCCAUCUACUGUGAGAUUAAAAUAUAAAAUGAAAACAGAUUUCAAGGAUCUCAAAGAAGCUGAAGAAAACAACGAGAUAUAUCAAUCCUCUGAGCCAUUGUUUUCAGUUGCUGACAAUGAACAGGUCUUUGAGAAAAAUAGUGGAAAGGUUUCACAGUCAUUUCCUGCUGAUGAGUUUGACAGGAGAUCGCUGUUGCUAAGUGUACAUGAUAUGAUCAAAUAUAAUUUUCCCUUACCAGCACCUGAUUGCCCAGGAUAUGAAGACCCUAAGUUUAUAUUUACACAAGAUAAAUAUAAUGAGGUGGAAGAAUUUUCUCCUAUGUUUGCUGUGGAUUGUGAGAUGUGCUUAACCGAUGCACAAGAGUUAGAACUAACUAGAAUAUCUGUAGUGAAUGAGGAGAGGAAGUUAAUCUACCACACAUUGGUGAAACCAGAGAACACAAUCAUCAACUAUCUGACGCAGUACUCUGGCAUAACUGAGAGCAUACUAGAUGAUGUUACCACAACAUUACAAGAUGUUCAUCGUGACCUGAGGGAACUCUUGCCUCCAGAUGCCAUUCUUGUAGGCCACUCCCUCCAUUCAGACUUAAGAGCUAUGAAGAUGAUGCACCCAUAUGUGAUUGAUUCAUCCUUGGUGUACAACUUAAGUAAUGUGCGGAACCACCGCUCAUCCCCGAAGGGUGCUGGCAAAACUGUUUUUUGGUGGGAUUUCAGAAAAAAUGAGUGUGGCCCACGACCCCCAAGAAGAUGCAAGCGCUUCACUCAAGCUCAUUCAGCUUUUAAGCUGAAAAAAUGGAAAGAAAAAAAUUUUCCAAGUUUUAAAAUGUGCUUCCUUCACUUUUUGUAA